UGCAGGAGACCGAGCAUGGCCUUGGAAGAGGACACCAUCGAGAUAGCGGCCCUGGGCCGCCCCUUCCAGCUGGGGACUUUGUACGACUGUCGCAAGGAUGCCCUCAUCCCAGGGGUCACCCUUUGGGACUGCAGCUCUCUUCAGAAAGACCAGACCAUCAGACCCCAGCCCAAGACAGCCUCUGGAAUCACGGCAUCUGACAGCCUAGACGACAAGGCCUCCGCCCUGGAUAUCUCAGGAGCCAUGAAGGCCAGUUUCCUGGGGGGGCUGAUUAAUGUGAGAGGGUCAGCCAAGUAUCUUCAUGACACCAAGAAGUCCAAGAAACAGGCCAGAGUCAUCGUUCUGUACAAAACCACCACCAGGUAUGAAGAGCUGACCAUGAGCCACCUGGGAAUCCAGAAUGUCUCUUACCCAGCCGUCUUCGAGCAUGGCACAGCCACCCACGUGGUCACCGCGAUCCUCUACGGAGCCCAGGCAUUUUUUGUCUUUGACCGAGAAGUCUCAUCGACGGAGACGGUGAAAGAUAUUCAAGGAAGUCUCCAGGUUACAAUCAAGAAGGAAAUAUCGAUCACAGGACAAGCAGAUAUGAAGCUAAAGGAGGAGGAGAAAGAGAACGCGCUCAAGUUCAAUUGCACGUUCCACGGGGACUUUUCUUUGGACAAAAAUCCGGUGACCUUCCAAGAUGCCAUGCAGGUUUACACAACGUUACCCAAAAUGUUAGGGAAAGAUGGAGAGAAGGCUGUGCCUAUGAGGGUUUGGCUCUACCCACUGAGCAAGCUGGACACCAGAGCAGCCAAGAUGGUCCGUGAGAUCAGCCUAACGUUGAUCUUUGAUGCUGAAAAGAUCUUGGACGAACUCAACGAAAUUGAGAUGCAAAGCAAUGAUCUAGCCAAGAAUCCCAUGGCUGAGACCUUCCCUGAGAUCAAGAGGAAGAUCCAACAGUUCAAGGAUCUGUUAAAGCAACACAGGCAGACUUUCCAGAAACAGCUGGCCAGAGUGUUGCCCUCCAUCCGGGGAGGAGGGCAGGAGGAAGGGACCCCGGUGGACAUUUUAGCAUCCGUCAACCGGUCUCCCUUCAACAGCCAAAGUCUCCGUGAAUUUCUCGAGACCAAGAAAAGGGAACUUAACCAUGUCAAAUCUUAUCGGGAAAUUCUCAAUGAAAUGCAAGUUAUCUCAUCUCAAAAUAAGCUGGAGGAAAUAGUUCUUGAUGCCCAGAAUGUAUACAUGGUCUCCUUUAUAUUCACUUCUUUACAUGAAGAGGAGCCAUUUCUCUUGAGGUUACAGGACUGGCUUCAAGAGCAAUUCUUGCAACAAUCAGAUAAGUCCACAAAGUCCCCUCCUGGGGUGAAGAAAGGCAAGGCCUGGUUUGAGGACAAGGAGAGGACCCACAAUGCUCGCCGAGCUGCUAAGUCCAUGAAAGACUUUUUCAGUAUCAAUCAAUCCAAUGAGAAGGUCCGCUUUGUGGUGGCCUCCCUCCCGGAUGUGGACAACCCAGGAGCCUCAAUAUACCUUUAUGAAGAUGGAGAUCUUGUCAGUAAGAACGUUGAGUUGCCCUCAAAACCUCUCCCUUUCCUCAUCACUGAACAGAGACACGACCGCAUUCAACUGAAGUUUCAACCAGCUGAAUAUGGAAAGGCUGCCAUCUCCAGCUAUCUGGUAGAGUACAAAGUUGCCGAUGAAGAAAAAUGGAAGUUGGUGAGGACAGAGGACACGAGGGAGAUGUUCCUGCUGAAAGAUCUGCCUCCAAACACCGAGUACCAGUUCCAGUACACUGCUUGUUGCAAGCUGGGCCUUAGUCAAUCCAGUGACUUGACCCCACCCAUCAAGACCCUUCCCACCAGCCCCCCUGAGAAAUUAAGAAUGGUCACUGCGGCAUCUUCUGUCAUCUUUGUGGCCUGGAUGAGCCCCAGCAUCGUUGCCUCCGGAGUUGUGGUCAAGGAGUACAAGGUGGAGUAUAGAACGGUGGAGGCUGGAGCUGGGAAGGACCAAUGGACUGAAAAAAAGACAGGGAGAAAAACAGGAUUUUAUCCCGUUGAAGGUCUGAAGCCCCAGACAGCCUACAGAAUAAGAGUGUUGGCCGUGUGUGAGAAUGGUGCUCUGGGUGUCCCCAGUGAGGAACUGGAGGUCUCCACAUCACUGGAGGAAGAAGAUGGAGGAAAGAUAGCCCACCGGUUCCUUCAGAAAGGCUACCUGGUGGAGGACAGGCAGCCAUUAGUCUUCACCCUUCCUCUGGAGAAGGUCCCCUCAGAUGCCUCCAAUUCCUGUCUCACAUACCAGCUUGGAAAAGAGAACCCAGAAGUGUCCAACAAAGUCAUCCUGGUGAUGGGGGCCACAGGAUGUGGGAAAACCACUCUGAUCAACGGGAUGAUCCAUUAUAUCCUGGGGGUCCAGUGGGAAGAUGAUUUUAGAUUCAAACUCAUUCAUGAAACCGCUCCACUUCUUGGAAGCAGGACAUCGGAAGUCACAACCUACGUGGUGAACUAUGAAAGAGGUUUGCAAUGUCCUUAUUCUCUCACCAUCAUUGACACGCCAGGGUUUGAAGGCAUGAGAGACGCAGAGCAAGACAAACGGGUGCCGGAGCAGCUCCUGGAGUUUUUCUCCACCCUGGGGAGCCUUGACCACGUGGAUGCCAUCUGCUUGGUGGCCCAGGCCUUCCUUCCCCAUUCAACUGACAUCCAGAAACAUAUCUUUGAUUCCAUGCUCUCCGUGUUGGGAAAAGACCUGAAGGAUAACGUCCAACUCCUGAUCACCUUUGCGGAUGUGGGGACCCCACCUGUCCUGGAGGCCCUCGCGGAGGCUAAAUUGCCACUUGCUCAGGAUGAGUCAGGGACCCCUCUUCACUUCAGAUUCAACCAUUCCUCUCUCUUUGGUCCACGAGAAUACAGAGGAAGCCGUCAUGCUGCGGCCGAAACGUCCUGGAAAAUGAGCACCGAGAGCAUGAAGGAUUUCUUCGAUUCGUUCAAGAGGCUGGAAACCAAAAGUUUAACCUUGACCCUGGAGGUCCUCAAGGAACAUCAGAAACGAGAAGUUGCUCUUAGACGACCAGCCCCUCCUAAGGUUGAACCAGUCCAGCCAAAUAGUUUCCAGAUUACUAUUCAUCCGGGGACUGAUGAGACAGCUUCGGUCUCCGGGUACCAGGUGGAAUAUCGGAUUGCAGAAGGGAACUGGAAAGGUCUCCGUAUAGAAAGUCCUCAGGAUCGAUUCACCCUUCCAGAGGACCAUCUCUAUCUUCGGUACCAAUUCCGAUAUGCUGCGGUGACUCCACAAGGGCUCAGUCCAUGGAGUGAGGAGACCACCUGCAUCUGUCCUCCGUUGAAGCCUGCAGAG